UUGCUUCCCGUUCUAUGUGCGCAACGUUAAGAAGUGGCUGCGGAGAGUGCAUAAAACCACCUGGAAUCUUCUUGGCUACGAUCAUUCAGUGUUAAGGUCUUUGUUGGAUAACAGCAGAUCAGAGUGUUAAGAUGAGAUUAGUGACUAAUACAUUUCUUUUGUCAGUGCUUGUAGUGCUGUCCCAUGCAAUUCCGAGAACAAAACGGGACGCGUAUUUAAGUCAGAAUUACUUGGCCCGAGCAUCCCAAAUCCUGGGGACAAAUCUCCUUAAGGAUAAUAUUGACAUUGAUGGCAAUCACGUCCACUCACCUCUUGGAAUAUCAACCGUUCUGGCCAUUCUUGCGGAAGGGUCACGUGGCGCGACCUACGAUGAGUUUACAUCAGCUCUAGGAUUCCCGGCAGACAAAGCUGAUUUGCGAAGUGCCGCCAAGGAAAUCCUACAGAACUUCAAUUCGAAGGACGUUUCCACGACUCCGGCAUUCAAAACAUGGUUCUACAUUUACAAGAACAAUACUAUCAACGAAGAAUACAAACAAAUUGUCCGGGACUACUAUUUGGCCGAGGUGAAGGAUAUUGAUCGAUCUGAAUACGAUUGGAACGAGCCCCACAUAGAUGAGUCGAUGAAUGAUAAUAGCAAGGACAUUAUUGGCUUCGAGACGCUGAAGAAAUCAGAGAAUUUUGAUGAUUUGCAGGCGACAAAAAGCUAUAAUGUACCGGACGAUAUCGAGGAAAAGAAAGAAGCUUCCAAGUUCGAUAAAGUCGUAGAGGACAAACAAUACGUCGAAGUCCCCGUGAUUAAGGAAGAAAUUGCAAAAGAACAACUAGAAAAAGAAAUCGAGAAGAAGGAUGACAAAAAUAAUAAUGAUGCUCAACAUCUAAUCGACGUGAAGGAGGGUGAGGUCAAUGACGAGGAUAACGAAACAAUUAGGGAUGCGGAAAAGAAAGAGGAACUUAAAAAGGAUUCGGAGUCAACUAAACCCGUCGAGGCCAGUGAACCGGAACGGAUUUCCAUUCCUUUGAAAAAAUUGGACGAGUUGGAAAUAAUGCAGACCGUGGAAAGCGAAUUUCCAUCGAGCAGGCUAUCCAGAGCACAAACCCUUCUUAUGAAGGACGACAUUACAUCUGCACUGAGUGCCAACUCUAUUGUUGGUAACGACGAGGAACAUUUGACUAAGAUACUACUCUUCAAUGGUCUUCACUUCCGUGGUAGUUGGAAGACCCCAUUCCAAGAAUUGAGAGAUGGAAUAGAUGUUUUCUAUGUAAACAAGGAAGAGUCCUUGCCAGUUACUAUGAUGAGAACUUACGGUGAAUUCAGAACGGCAAAGUUGGAUGAAUUGGAUAGUGAGGCCAUUGAGUUUUCCUAUGAUGAUAAAAACCACUCAUUGCUUAUUAUCAUACCAAACGAGAAAGAAGGACUUCGCAACCUUAUCAGCAAACUGAAAACUGAAGACAUAGCUGUCCUUCGCACUCGUCUUGCACCUGAACCUCUAUCCAUUGGCUUGCCGAAGUUCGGCAUUGACUCAACAAGUCGAUCUGAGGUCACACUUAAGAAUCUAGGAUUGCGGAAGCUAUUUUCAAGUGAAGAAGCUGAUCUACGAGGUAUUGCUGAGGAGGAUAAACUGCAUGUCGAUGAAAUCGUACAACAUGUGAAUAUUCGAGUCGACGAGGGAGCUUGCAGGGAGGAUGCACUUACAGCCGGACCUGAAACCAGGAUACUCGACGAAGGACGCACUGUUGUGGCGGAUCGUCCUUUCCUUUAUUUUGUAUUGCAUAAUGACAGUAACUUUGUGUUAGUUUUAGGAAAAAUUAUGUCGCCUAGUCCAGUAGAUGAGACUACAUUCUGAGGAAAGGAAAGACUUAAUUUUAGGAGCUUUAAAGUGCGAAAGGAAACAUCAAUAGUUACGAGUAUGACUUGACAAGUAAAACUGUGACCUUAAAAUUUAUUCAAAUAUUAAAAGGUAUUUGUAACAUAUUCGAAACUGUCCAUUGGAUUUGAGAGAGAAUAAAUGUGGUAUUCUAUUUUGAACGUAA